UGUAGUGGUGUAGCGACUAGUCGUCUCGUUCUUUCCUCAGUUGAACAUCUGGUGGUGCCUUCCAUGUUUGUUACACUACUAAUUUAUACCCGCCUUGACCUCACUACCCCAAAUAUUCUUUACCUCAACGUAACACGGUGCCCUACACUAAUAACUUCUUCGGCUCCCACUUUCGAACUCAACUCGAAAAAGCUCCUACUCUUCCUCCCCUCACCUAUAACACCUACACAUCCUACAACAGAAACAACGCAAACAUCUCCUAAUCAUGCGUCUCUACACGCUCCUCCUCUCUACUGCAUCUCUCGCUCUCGUCGCUCUCGGCGCUCCGUAAGUCUCCCUCUGCAAUUCCACGCUCAUCAUGUCACCUCGAAACUAAACUCCACCGCAAAGUCUCGACUCUACGGCUGCCGUACCUCCAUCCAAGCUGUCCAUCCCAUCUCCUCCCGUCGACGCAGCCCCGGUGUCAGAUCCCCUGGUCGUCCUCACCGUCUUCAACGAUGUUGA